GGGCGUAAAGCUACAAUUAGCUUAAAAAUAUUUUAGUUUAUUUACUUGUUUCUGGGAAGCAGCGAGUAUAGGUUUGGUUUUAAGUAUGUCUGAUUUAAAAGGGCAGACGAACGGAGAGCUUGAAACAGACACACUAGCAGAACAGGAGCUGACCGACGCAAAGAAUGAGUUGGAGAAAUUGAGAAAAUUGAUGGAGGCUGCGGACACAGAAAAAUCCAGGUUAUUCUUGGAGAAAAUGGAGACUGAUGGGAUGAAGAAAAAAGCUCAGCAGGAGACAGCAGAUCUUCUGCAAGCUGAAGAGCAAAUUGUAGUCGGCCAUGGCAAACAAAUGCAAGAUCUACAAAAAGAAAUAAUUAGCCUUAAAAAAGCUAACGAGGAUCUGGUGAAAAAACUGCAGCGAUAUAAAGAGGAGCUCAAGUCCAAGCAGGAUGAAACAGACACUUUGCAACAAAGAUUCAAGAUCAAUGCCCAGAUCCCUGAAAAGAAAAUGAAGUUUACUCAUGUAGAAAAAGAAGAGGAAUCUUCUGAGGACAACAAUGAAGACAUCAGUGCCGUGUUCGCCAUUAGACAGAGGCCAUCGAUCCUGUUAAAAGGUGGCCAAGCUCUCAUCACCUUUGAGGAAGAGAAAGUGACGGAUCAGAUUCUCAAGCUGUCAAAGUGCACUGUGACCUGCGACACAAACCGGGUUGAAGUGAAGCCAUGCCCCCUAGCUCUCCAGCCUUCUGUGAAGUUUGAGGUGCAUAUUAAGGUGUCAAAGAGGACCAUCAAGUUCUCAAAUGCUCCUCCUAUUCUGCCAGUGGAACGAAUGAGGGACAGGCUGGAGCUGAGCUUCUCGAAGCCGAGUCGUGGUGGAGGGGAGGUGGAGAAACUGGAGUAUGACCCGAAGACAGAAACAGGCUACAUUACCUUCGUUAAUACUGGAGUUGCAGAGAAUUUGACUCUAAAAGGAAAGUUCUACGUAGAUGUUGGUAAAGAGAUUGUGGUCAGUGUGGAACCACUGUUUGAAUACCAGCUGAAGAAGUUUCAGUCAUUUUCAGGAGUCCCGAAGCGUACCUUGCUGCUGAAGGACAUUCCGGAAGUAUCGGAUGAAGAAGAUAUGCAGGAUCAUUUGGAGAUCCACUUCCAGAAGCCUAGCAACUAUGGAGGAGAAGUGGAGAGCAUUAAAUAUCUGUCAAAAAGGGAUCUGAGAGCUUUCUUCUGUGAGGACUGUGCUCAAAUGGAAGCCCAAUAAGCAAAUUCUCUGCAAAUGCUGAAUUUAACCUCUUCUUUUUAAUUAAUGCCUUAAUAACAAUCAGGUUCUUUCUUAAAGCAAUCAGGGCUCUUUGCAAAACUGAUUUUAGAUAAAGUGCCUGUCCUCUUAAUUGCCUUUAUGUCAAUGAAAGAUCUAUGUGGAUGCAGACGUCUCCUUUGACGUGUGAAGUCUUCGGCCGCUUCCUUACACUGACAAGUGGUGAACACCCUAUGCUCUCUGCGUUCCUUUACCACUUGUGCUAAAAUAGUCUACAGUAGUAGUAUUAUGAAAAUAGUACUCAGGGCUGAGUAGCUACUGUAAUGAAAUGAUUGUAAUGAGAUGAACACUGUUUAAUGAUGAACCAAAAAUAUAAGCACAAUAAGCAUGUUUUAUUCUAUGCAAAAACCAUUCAUUAAUCAAGGAUUAGCUAAAAUUAAAUAAAAAGCUUUGUAAUUCAACAGGUGGUGAUUCUGCUUUCCAAGUGUUCAAAACAAUGUUGUAAAUGUGAUUGAUCCAGCUUUAACAUUACUGUGUUAAGCUUUUAAACAAGGUAAUUGUAAGGGUUCCAGCUGUACACCAGAUGGGAAUUAUGGCUCUUUGAAGAGAGACGGAUCUUUUGGCUCUGUUUGUUUUAAAGAGCCGUUCAAAAAAAUGGCUCUUCGUUCUUUUUUUUCAGGCAGCGGGAGGCGCUACUGGGUACCCCGAUACAGUAGACCGGUUAGAGUUACGAACGGUUUACCAUACGAAGAUUUCGGGUUACGAACAAUCUUUUUCAACUUAACGUACAAACAAAUUUCGGAUUACGAACUGAUUCGCAAAACAUGUGACGUCACGAACAAGUUGACUCCGAGCGUCUCUCUCUCUCUCUCUCUCUAUAUAUAUAUAUAUACUGUAUAUAUAGAGUGAACAUUCGGACAGCGGACAGUGUUUUUUAGGUGUUUUCUUUAUAUUUUGUAAAAUUCUAUGUUAAAAUGGCCCCAAAGAAUUUGCAGAGAAAGUGUAGUGGUGAGAAAAUAAAACAAUCUAAUGCUAUUUGUUGUUGUAUAAUUACUCCUGCCAGUAGCUGUCACUGUGUAUCAGACAGAGGGGACAGUGAGAGAAGAAGGAAGUUAUACUUUUGUGCAAUUACACCUACAAAAUACAACAUUAUUGAAAUAAAGAAGAAAAU